AUGGGCCGNGCUCCUUUGUUGUCAACCCCUGAGCACGGAGACAUCCUCGUGNUUUAUCUCUCCGUCUCAGCUUCGGCUGUUAGCUCNGUGCUCAUUCGAUCGAAGGACAACGCGGAGCACCCAGUGCAUUAUGUUAGNAAGGCAUUGCAAGAUGCCGAAGUUCGAUACCCAGACAUCGAAAAAUUGGCGUUCGCCCUGGUCGUCUCGGCUAGACGCCUCCGACCAUAUUUCCAAGCUCACACCAUCCAUGUCUUAACCAACCAACCNCUCCGACAGGUGUUGCAGAAGCCAGAAACCUCUGGGAGACUGGUUAAAUGGGCUAUUGAACUUGGCGAGUUUGAUAUUCAUUACAAACCCCGCCCGGCUAUGAGGGGGCAGGCCGUUGCUGACUUCUUAUCUGAAUUCACGGAGCCCCAAGCUUCUGCAGCUACCCAGCUCAUAACCGAACCCAAUCCCUCUCCGAGCCANGACCAAACCCCCACCAAAAACACUCUCGACCUAACCCAGCCCCUGUGGACCUUAUUNGUGGAUGGCUCUUCUAAUGCCCAGGGGUGUGGGGCCGGCCUCGUUCUCGUCUCCCCAGACAAGGUUGCCCUCGAGUACGCCCUCCGCUUCAAUUUCCAAGCCUCNAACAAUGAGGCCGAAUAUGAAGCACUCUUAGCUGGNCUUCGCCUAGCCAAAGAGAUGGACGCCNGGCAAAUUCAGAUCUUCAGCGAUUCACAACUCGUGGUCCAUCAAGUUAACCAAGACUUCACGGCUAAGGAUGCCUCUAUGACGGCUUACCUCCAGCAUGCUCGGCACUUGCUGGCAACCUUCCAUGCCCACACUAUCAAGAAAGUGCCGCGCUCAGAGAAUAGCCAUGCCGAUGCACUAGCCAGGUUGGCUUCAGCCUUGGAGCAAGGAAUGGGUCGCCACAUCCACAUCGAGUUUUUGGCCCAGCCCAGCACAAAAGCCCCACUCAUCUGCACAAUUGACCACAGCCCUACAUGGAUGGACCCCAUCCUCCAGUUCUUGCAGAACCAAACACUACCGGCUAACCCAGCCGAGGCGAGAUGCGUCCGCCAUCGCUCUGCCCGUUACCUGGUCAUUAACGGCUCCUUAUAUAAGCGAGGCUUCAGCCUCCCUUACCUUCGAUGCCUGACUCCAGAGGAAGGUCACUAUGUCCUCCGAGAAAUCCAUGAAGGCAUCUGCGGCAACCACUCGGGCGCACACUCGCUAGCCCAUAAGGCAAUCCGCCAAGGAUACUUCUGGCCUUCACUCCACACUGAUGCCCAGGCCUUCACCCAGAAAUGCGACAAGUGUCAGCGAUUUGCCAACAUCCCACAACUCCCAGCUGAACCAUUGACCGCCAUGGUCAGCCCUUGGCCAUUUGCCCAAUGGGGACUGGAUCUCAUUGGACCCAUGCCAGAGGGCAAGGGCCAAGUCAAAUAUGCAGUUGUGGCUGUAGACUACUUCACCAAGUGGGCUGAGGCCGAGGCCCUGGCCACUAUCACUGCGGCUCGCAUCGAAUCUUUUGUGUGGCAAAACAUUCCAAGGGCUGCUGGCCAGAGCUACUCCCGGAAGUACUGGUCCUAUCGCACCACCUUCCGCACAUCCACGGGUGAGACGCCAUUCUCCCUAUCUUUUGGAACCGAGGCCGUGGCUCCGGUAGAGAUUGGCCAGCCCACAUACCGAACGUCCACUUACGACGCCACGGCCAAUGACGAGCAGUUGGCACUCAACCUCGACUUCAUUGACGAGCUUCGGGACCAAUCGAGCAUGCGCAAUGUCGCGUACAAACAAUGCAUCGCCAAAUACUACGACUCCCGAGUCAAGCCCCGUGCUUUCAAAAUGGGGGACUGGGUCAUGCGCAAGGUUUCCUUGGCUACCAAAAAUCCUAACGAAGGUACCCUCGGCCCUACAUGGGAAGGUCCUUACGAGAUUAUCAAAAUCUGCCGACCCGGCACUUAUAAGCUUCGCGACUCAACAGGCAAGACGCUGCCUCACCCGUGGAACGCUGACCACCUCAAGUACUACUACAAGUAA